CCCGAUUCACACUGUUACGGCACGGCACGGAACGUCACAGCACGUAACGGCACGACAAACUGUCCAACAAUCCACACUUAACAGGCAUCGUCCGUCAUCCACAGUCAAAAUAUCUAGUCAUUCGUCACAAACCACUAGCGUAUCCGUACGGUACUUAAAUAUUGGUUGUAGCUAGAUAGUCACAGCUAGGCAGUCGUACUAUGCAGUUCAGUGUUUAAAAAAUUUUAAAAUGUUUCGUAAUUUCUCAAUGUCAGAUUUGGCGACUGUAGCAAUUUUAUUAGACGAAGAAGAAGAAAGCAGUACGAAGAAUGUUCCACAAAAGUCUGAACGAAAAAGAAAAAUUUGGGUCCAUGAUAUUUUGAAAAAAAGAAAAACUGAAAGUGAAUUUGCAACUCUAUGUCGCCAACUCGAGGAUCACGAAGACAAAUUUUUUAAGUACUUCCGAAUGUCCAGAUUUCAGUUCAAUACACUUUACCUAAAAAUAAAAAAUGACAUUUCCAAACAAAACACGCAAUUUAGAGAGUCAAUACCGGCUAAAGAAAAACUAGCUGUAUGUUUGAGGUUCUUAGCAACUGGAGAUUCGUACCAGACGAUAGCCUUCAGUUUUCGAUUAGGCCAUUCGACUGUGCAAGGAAUUGUCAUCGAAGUAUGUAAUGCAAUUAUUUUAAAACUAAAAGAAGAAUGCAUCAAAACUCCUCAAAAAGAAGAUUGGGAACGAAUAUCAAAUGAGUUCUGGGAAAUUUGGAAUUUCCCCAAUUGCAUUGGUGCUUUGGACGGAAAGCAAGUUGUGAUUGAAGCCCCUCCAAACACUGGCUCAUUAUACUUUAAUUAUAAAAAAACUUUUUCAAUUGUUCUUCUAGCAUUAGUUGACGCUCAAUAUAAAUUUACCAUUGUCGAUGUUGGUGCAUUUGGAAAAAACAGUGAUGGAGGUAUUUUGUCACAUUCAAAUUUUGGAAAAGCUCUUGAGAAAAAUAAACUUAACAUUCCAAAUAAUCGAGAAUUACCUGGUACGAAUGAAAAGUUACCAUAUGUCAUUAUAGGUGACGAAGCUUUUCCAUUAAAGAACUAUUUACUAAGACCGUAUCCAGGACCUCAAAUGUACAACGAUGUAAAAAAAAAAAUAUUUAAUGAACGACUAUCAAGAGCUAGAAAAGUAGUUGAAGACGCCUUUGGUCAAUUGACAGCAAAAUUUCGUAUAUAUUGCAGACGAUUAAAAUCGUUACCAGAAAAUGCAGAUAAAAUAGUAAUGACCACGUGCAUUUUACAUAAUUAUAUUAAACAAGACAGCAGUGAAAUUCAUACCAGCGAAGUAGCCGAUACAAUAUCAUUGGGUAAUUUAUCGUCAAUUCCAAGACAAGGAGGCAGUGCACAAAGGCAAGCGUUUGAAUAUCGAGAUCAGUUUAAGGACUUCUUUAACUCUCCAGCAGGAAAAUUACCAUGGGAGUAGAUACAACAAAUUAAUUUAAAUAUUUUUAGGUAUAUAUUUAAUUAUUUUCUGCGUAUUUUGUAUUCAUUAACUAUA